AUGUCCAGCACCUCACCAAGGGGCAGUCAUGUUAACUCCGGUGCCGGAAACCUUGAAGCCACGACACCCACAUCUGCGGAAGGAUCCGAGUCUUGCUUCCUACGUAAGGUAAGGGCGACGUUUCUGCGCAGGCGUUGGGGACUGCGUGGGAGCCCAGGAGCAGCUGGUCUCGGGGCACUCCUGCUAGUGGCACUUCCAUCCGUCCUUGGCCCUGCCGACGCUGCCCUGCUGCUGCCUUUGACGGCUGUGUCCCUUGGCACUGGCGCCCUUGCAACGCUCGGGCUACUAGGCGCUGUUGGCUUAGGCGUGGCCAUCAAAAAGACGCUCUACUACGGCGGCAAAGGACACGGCCAUGACCACCACUACCACAGCCACCACCACGACCACACCGGGGGAGGAUAUGGGGGAGCUUAUGUCGGAGGGGGCUACGGAGGCGCUCAUACCGGAGGGGGCUACGGAGGCGCUCAUACCGGAGGGGGCUACGGAGGCGCUCAUACCGGAGGGGGCUACGGAGGCGCUCAUACCGGAGGGGGCAACGGCGGGGGCUACGGCGGGGGCUAUGGCGGGGGCUAUGGCGGGGGCUACCCAUCGCCCUCGUACGCCGCACCGCUCACCUCCGCGCACAGGCGGCGACGGAGUGCACCUAUUUUGGCCGAGAGCGACCGCGCCGCCGUGGACGCCCUGGUGUCCGACGACCGCCUCGGCUGCGCGCAGCGGCUCGUGUGCGAGCUGGCCCGUGAGCCGGAGGCCGGCCUCGAGGCGGACGAGGUCGCGAUCCUCGCCCUUGUCAGCGACGAGUGGGCGACGGCGGGCGUGAAGCACCUGCGGAAGGCGGCCGCGGUAGGCAGGGGGGGCACCGCCUGCCCCUCCCUCUUCAAGAACUGCCCCUUCUCCGCUCAGGACAUCAUGGCCGUCGUGAGAGCUGUGGCCGAUGAGAACGCGAACUAG